UGAUGGUAAUGCGUUCAAGUGUUAGUGUUCAAAAUGAUUAUUAAGGCUGCAUCACUUUUUUUAUUGCUCGGAUGUAUCGAAACGGGUUAUUCACAGUCGCUGCAGUGUCCAAAGGUGCGAAUAAGCAGCGGUUGGUUAGACCUAUUUCCUCUGCCUUGCAAGAAAAACACAGAAUGCAGUAGCGUUAUGGGAAAACAGCACUUAUGUUGUAAAGGAUUUUGUUCCAAAGGCGAAAUCAGGCAGACGGCAGAGUUGACACGAAGCAUCGAGACAAGCAGUAGUGUAGAGCUAAUAAGCCCAGUCAUGAGCACUUCCACAAGCACAACAACCACUCCAACUACCACAACCACUUCAACCACUCCAAGCACCACAACCACAACCACCACUACUACCACAACAACUACAACUCCGAGUACAACCAGUUCUACUACAACCACAACGACGCCGAAGCCCACCACAACUUCUACGGAACCACCGAGGCCUUUCUUGCAAAUCUUGCCGAUACAGACUACGCCAAAACCUAGUGCCCCACUGAAAAAAGGCAAAACGCAAAAAUUCGUCUGCCCCAAAUCAGUGCCCAGUGUGUUGUUUCCUAUUAUAUGCGAGAACAACUCUCAGUGUAGAUUAACUGGCGCUGACCAGGUUUGCUGUCAAGGCCAGUGUGUGAAAGGCCUCCCUGCCCCACGGCCCACAAUCAAGGAACAAGCACACCAACCCAUCCUAGGUGUAAUUCCACGGGAGUGUCCAGCGGCACCACUUGGCGAGUUAUUAUUUGAGGUGCAAUCUUGCAAAACUGACGCCGAUUGCUGGCCUCGCGUCUGUUGCCCUGACGGAAACCGAUCUUACUGCCGUACAGCAAGAGCUCGGCUUGAUUUGGUGCCAGUGGCCAACAGAAUAGAUGCGCCUAUCCGUAUGUUAGAGUCGUAUCUCCAAUGUUCUCCUCCGCCACAAUUCGACUCUUUCCCACAGAGUUGCAGCUCCAGUGUCGACUGUUUUCCUAACUUGUGUUGUGCAGAAGGUGGCAAGAAACUUUGCCGACCACCACUACGUAGUUUCCUUUCAUUAAUAGCAGGUGCAGCCCAGAGACUUGGAUGAAAGAACAUUAACUGUCAGACAGUUGACUUAGGUUUAAGGUUGUGAUGUAAAUAUUUUUAUAUAAUUUAUUAUUUUUA